AAUAAAAGUAUUUGGAAAUUUUGUAUAUGUCAUAAAUAGUGCAAAGAAAGGCAUAGUAACGGCCUAUAACACAACAGAUAACUUGACUUAUAACUUUUCCAUCCCUGUGGCUGUGAGUGAUGGUCAUCAUGGUAUGGCUGUAGUACAAAGCACUAGUGUAGUGUCAAAUGUGACAAAACCCUUCAAUUUUCCCAUAUGUGGAUCCAACACAUACUACAACAAAGUUGAUGAAACAUUAGAAUGCAAAUGUAUGGAAGGAUAUGAAGGAGAAUGUAAUUCAUGUACAGGAAAAUAAAACCGUUUCUAAAAAAGUUGGUUUUCAGUCCUAAGCUCAAAGUCGGCUCUGACGGAACCCAAAUUGCUAUCGUUAUAUUCAGUGAUGAACAUAACACAAGAGUUGUUCUACCUUUCUCUGAUCGUACAAAAGCAGAAUACAUACAAUUUAUCGACAAAAGAUUGUCAUGGAGAGCUGUUUCUCGUGGUAUAACGAUGACUGGAACUGGUGCAGGCAUUGUGGACAAACAGAUAUUCAAGGAGAACAGUCCACACAACAACCGACCAAACAUCUCUGACGUUGUCGUAUUGAUAACAGAUGGUGAACCACGUGGAAGGAAAAUAGGCGAUGAAUUAAAGGACGCUUACAAAUAUUCAAGCAUGUGAAUGCCAAAGUGCAGCACCAAUAACAAAGAAAAUUAGGAAGAAAAACCGUUGUAUAUGUUAAACGGAACGAGCCAAAACCAAAGUGUCCACAUACACUGAUUAGUCUGUCACCAUCAGGAGCAAUUUUAGGCGAAGGAAAUUUUGGAAUUGGAAAUAUGACAUUACUUAUGAUUUCGCCAUUAGAGGUAACGGGAAAAGCUUUGUUUUUAGCUGUCGAUUAACGAUCAAGGUCCGCGGUAAAUUGAACAAUAUUUUUCUUUCUUUUUUUUUCAUUUGAAUUACAUGUAUCCAUGAAUCACAUUAAGGAGAUUUAUUGAUUUAUUUCUAAGUAUGAGUAUGUACUAUGUAGUGUAUAAAUAUAUUUUGUAGUAUGUGUA